AUGGCCAAGCCAGUAAAAGUUGAGAUCAUCUCAAAACAAUACAUCAAGCCAAGCUCCCCAACCCCGCCGGAGAAGUCGUCGCUAAAGAUCUCGGUAAUGGACGAGCUCAACUACGUCAUGUCCACGCCACUGGUCCUCUUUUACCCGGCCGCCGACAUCGGUCCCGAAGACGACGUCGUUUCGUACCUCUCCGGCAAAUCCCGCCUCCUGAAGGCCGCCCUCGCCGACACGCUCACCCUGUACUACCCCUACGCCGGCGUCCUCACCGCCGCCGGCACGUCGAUCGACUGCAACGACGCCGGCAUCGAGUACGUCGAGGCCGCCGUCGACGGGACCCUCUCCGACGCCGUGUUCCGCCGCCCGGACCCCGACCUCCUCGAGAACUUCCUCUUUGUUCAGGACCUCGCCGGCGGCGGCCGCUACGUCGGCGCCAGGGUCCAGACCACCGCGUUCGCCUGCGGCGGCAUGGCGGUGGCGAUCAGCCUGACGCACAAGAUCGGCGACGGCGCCUCCCUGCAGACGUUCCUCCAGACCUGGGCGGCCGCCGUGGCGGCCAGGGAGAAAUCGACGCCGAUUCCGGCGGAGUUAUUCCCGGAGUUCGCGUCCGACUCCAUCAUCCUGUCGUCGAGCGACGUCGGGGUGCCCCUCCCCACUCCGCCGGAGGCGAGGAGGGAGCAGGUCCGAACCACCACGAGGAGGUUCGUGUUCCGGCCGGAGGUGAUGGAGCCGCUCCGUCGCCGGUGCUCCAGCCUGGCGGUGGAGCGCCCGACCCGGGUCGAGGCCGUCUCCGCCGUCAUAUGGAGGUCGCUGAUGAAGAUCAACGCAGCCAAACGCUCGGCCGCCGGACUCCAAAAUCAGAAGAAGGAGUCGGUGCUGGUCCAGGCCACAAACUGGCGCACGAAGUUCAACCCGCCUCUCUCCGCCCACCUCGUCGGCAACCUCUCCGGGAAACUCAUCUGCCGGGCCGAGCGCGGCGCCGACGAGGACCUGAAAUCCCUGGUGGGGUACAUACGGGGCGAGAUGCGGGCGGAGCACGAGCGGCACUUCGCGGAGACGAGCAGGAAGAAGAUCGGGGUGGACGACGUGGUGGAAGGCAUCAUCGACUUCGCGGUGGAGUUCAAGGAGAUGCACGCCAGGGACGACGUCGACUUGUACAGCUUCAGCAGCCUGCUGACGUUCAAGUUCCACGACGUGGAUUUCGGGUGGGGGAAGCCGGCGUGGGUGGUUUUCACCAACUUGAUUUUGGAGCGGUUUGUGCUGUUUCUUGAAGGCGGCGGCGAGGGGAAAGGUGGCGGCGGGGUGGAGGCGAUGGUGUCGAUUGGGGAAGAUGACGCGGCGGCGUUGGAGGAGGAUGAGGAGUUGCUCGAGUUUGCUUCGUUCAAUCCUCCUGUUGGAGGUGGAGGAGGAGGGAAGAGGGAGGGAAGAGGGGCGAAGAUUUUGUCGUCGUUAUGA